CAAUGCCUGUAGAGACUCAGCUCACAGAACACAGUCAGAGCAGUAUGCUCAUCAUCAGCAGACUCUAUGUAACAUGGCUGCAGUCCCCACUGCUUGUAUUUGCUUGCUUCUGCUGCCCUUUUACUUUUCCAUUUCAUGUGCGACAGGCGAGGAGUUGAAUAUCGAUGAAGAAAUUGUUGCUGAAUCUCCCCUCCGGAAGCCGAGUGUCCUGAUUGCCAUCAUAGCAAGGAAUGCUGCACAUACAUUGCCCUAUUUCCUGGACUGUAUAGAUAAACUGGAUUAUCCCAAGAACAGAAUUGCUAUCUGGGCAGCAACCGAUCACAAUAUUGAUAACACUACAGCCAUAUUACGGGAAUGGUUAAAGAAUGUACAGAAACUGUACCAUUUUGUGGAGUGGAGGCCUAUGGCAGAACCUCAAUCGUAUACUGAUGAAUUUGGACCAAAGCACUGGCCAUCAUCCAGAUUUAUCCAUGUGAUGAAACUUCGCCAGGCUGCACUGCGCAUUGCAAGAGAAAAAUGGUCUGAUUAUAUUUUAUACAUUGAUGUAGACAACUUUCUAGCUAAUCCUCAAACAUUGAAUCUUCUGAUUGAAGAAAAUCAAACCGUUGUGGCCCCUAUGUUGGAAUCUCGGUCAUUAUACUCCAAUUUCUGGUGUGGUAUGACACCUCAGGGUUAUUAUAGAAGGACUCCAGAGUAUGCUCUCUUAAGAGAAUGGAGGAAAACGGGUUGUUACCCUGUACCAAUGAUUCAUUCAACAAUGCUCAUUGACCUUCGAAAAGAAGCAUCUCGAAAUCUUCAGUUUUAUCCUCCGCAUCCCGACUUUACUUGGUCAUUUGAUGACAUCAUUAUAUUUGCCUUCUCCUGCAGGCAAGCAGGAAUUCAGAUGUAUCUAUGCAAUAAGGAGCAUUAUGGAUAUCUCCCUGUACCUCUUAAACCAUCUCAAAAUUUAGAAGAUGACAUGGAGAACUUUGCGCAUGUUCUUACAGAAGCAAUGAUUGAUCGCCCACCCCUAGAAACAUCACGAUAUGUCUACGUGCCACCUAAACUUCCAGACAAGAUGGGAUUUGAUGAGGUUUUCAUGAUUAAUUUAAAACGUCGCCAAGAUCGGCGUGUCCGGAUGCUGCGUAGUCUUUAUGAGCUUCAAAUUCAAGCGAAAAUAUUUGAUGCUGUGGAUGGCAAGGCUCUUAAUACAAGCCAACUUAAAGCUCUGAAUAUAGAUAUGGUACCAGGAUAUCAUGACCCGUAUUCAGGGAGAACACUAACAAGAGGCGAGAUUGGAUGCUUCCUUAGUCAUUAUUAUAUAUGGAAAGAGGUAAUUGAAAGGGGACUAGAGCAAGCUCUUAUAAUAGAAGAUGAUGUCCGGUUUGAGCACCAGUUUAGAAGCAAACUGCUAAAGCUCAUGCAUGAUGUUGAAAUGGCUGAGUUGGAUUGGGACCUAAUCUACAUUGGCAGGAAAAGAAUGCAAGUGGAACGCCCUGAGAAAGCUGUUCCCAAUGUAAUGAAUUUAGUAGAAGCUGAUUAUUCAUACUGGACACUGGCAUAUGCCAUCUCCCAGCAAGGAGCUCGGAAACUUAUUGCUGCAGAACCGUUGAACAAAAUGCUGCCGGUGGACGAGUUUCUUCCAGUGAUGUAUAACAAGCAUCCAGUCGAUACAUACAUGGAGUUUUAUAAUCCACGGGACUUGAAGGCCUUCUCCGCUGAACCAUUGCUUCUCUACCCUACUCAUUACACGGGUCAGGUAGGAUACUUUAGUGACACAGAAACAUCCACUAUAUGGGACAAUGAAACGGUAUCAACAGACUGGGACAGAAGAUAUUCAGGAAAAACAAGGCAGCAAGGUGAAAUACAUACUGAUGCUCAGAACACCGAAGCAUUGUCACCGCAGGCAACACUUGAUGCAUCAUCACGGGAUGAACUUUGAUUGUUGUAAAGUAUGUGUAGAGCAGAUAGAUUUUGUAUAGAACAAUUUAACUGUGAAUAAUUGAGCAUUUUUUUGUAAAGAUAAAUCAACGUGUGUAUUGUACACUUUGUAAAAUAACAAAAGCAACAUUUGGUUUGCAAAUCUUGAAGUUGCUCACUAACCGCUCUUCCAAGGAAAAACAAGAACACACUAGGGAGUCUGGACUCUCUAUGAUACAUAUUUAUGAUUUUAUUUAUGUACAUUUCAAAAGUAAUAUAUGUUCUUUAGGUGUGUCAAUAUUGCAAAGGAUUUCAAAUUUAAGAACAUAUAUGAUAUUGUGGUACAACUAGAAAAAUGUAUUUUUUACUUUGAUACUAGAACUUUCAACGGUAAUUAUUUUUACAAAUUAGUAUGAAUUUGAAUUUUGGAUAAAUGGGUUUUGUUAAUUUUUUUUAUGUUUUAUUCAAGUAGACUUGAGAAUAAUUAAUACAUAAAAGAUAUAGAUACAUUUAUUUUUGUUACUGUAAUAAUGAUGACAAUAAGCUGCUGUUUCAGCUAGUUUUGUGAAAAUAUCUCAUGUAAACAGAAACUAUAAUUAUUGUGAACUUUGAUAAAAGCACCACAAAUGUUAUCCAUGCGGCAGACCCAUCUGUAAUGUUCAAUAUUACAUUUUCUGAGUGGUAUCUGUACACACAGUUUCCAGAUUCACUGGUGACUAGGGAGUAUAAUUAAUCAUCUAGGUUUGCAUCUGAAAUACCUAUUAGUGCCAGCGCAAAGGUAUGGAAAUAAACGUAUUUCCCCAUAA